AUGGUUAGUCGUAAAAUAAAAUUAUUAAUACCAAAAGAACGUGGUGAAAUAAUUCCAAUAGUUUUUGUCUUAGCUCUUAUUACUAUAUAUGUUACAUUUGAAUUAUAUGUUAUCUUACCAGCUAUUUAUAAUAAUAUAUUUACUUAUAAAGAAGUUUGUCAUCUUAUAUUUGGUCUUUAUAUUAUUUAUAAUUUAGUUGGAAACUUAUUUAUAUGUAUGGCAACUGAUACAUCUAUAGAUACAAUUAUAUGUCCUGUUUUAUUACCACCACCAACUGUUACAACAACAAACACUCAACAGGAUAUGAUUUUUCAAUAUUGUAAUUGGCAUUAUUGUUAUCAAUGUGAAGUUAAUGUUCCACCACGUUCUCAACAUUGUCAUUUAUGUAAAAAAUGUAUUUUAAAACGUGAUCAUCAUUGUUCAUUUCUUGGUCGAUGUAUUGGUUUUAGAAAUAUUCGUUAUUAUAUGUGUUUUCUUAUUUGGACAUGGAUUGGUUUAUUCUAUUGUAAUAUUCUUCAUGUAGACUAUACUUAUGAACUUGUUGGAACAUUUUCAUGGCGUGUUAUUGUUGCAUGUCUUUUUCCAUUCGGUGCAUGGUUAUUUCGUCUUCUUGAUCAUUUUUCUCUUUUUCUUUCAUUUAUUUGUUCAACAUCAAUUGUUCUGAGUCUUUAUAUAUUAUUUUUAAUUAUUCAACAAAUAUAUCUUAUUAUUAAUGGACAAACAUGGCAUGAAUAUGGCAAAAAUAUUCAAAUAUAUAGUAAUCAAAAAAAUUUACAAGCAAAUUUAGAAAUUAUUUUUGGUAAACGAUGGUUUUUUAUAUUAUUUUCACCGUUAAUAUCAUCACCACUAAUUGGUGAUGGAAUGUCAUUUGAUAUAAAAAUGACUGAAACGGCUGAUGCACGAUAUUUUCAAACAAAACGAAUUUAA